AUGGAAAAACCAACUAAAGCUGAAUACGUUGCUGUGCCUACCAGCGAUGUUGAACAAGAAGUAGGCUUGCCUCCUUAUCAAGAGCAAGAGCAACAAGAGUCAAUGACUGCGGACAAGACAAAGCGCCGUAGACGCCUCAGAUUUCUGCUGAUUGGCGGUGCCAUUACACUCUUGGGUUUGACUCAUAUUUGUACUUCUGGUUCUUACGAAGGGUUCUCUGAAAUGAAUGCAAUGGACCUUCGUCCCCAAGACGCUCCCGAGCCUUGUGCUUUGAGACAUUUGGAGCAGUACAAGGAAUUGAAGCAUCACAUGGAGUUUGUCGAAAAUGCUUUUGGCGAGCCUCCUCAUGGUGCUUGGGAUGCUUAUCCUCCUCCUCCUCCCUUUGCUGUAGAUGAACCCAAACCCCACCAUGGCCAUCACAAGCAUCACAAAAAUCAUAAAGGAGAGAAGCACCAUCAUAAGCAUCACCAUGACAACGAUGAAGCUCCCUCUGCUCCUGAUGGCGAUGAAAAGCCCCACCACCGCCAUCACCACCACAAGCAUAAAGGUGACAAGAUGGAUGACGCCGUUCAAAAGUACGACGGAGAUCACCACAAGCAUCAUUAUGAGCCUUUCUGUAAGGCUGAAGACCUCAUCUCCAAGUCCUCAGUAUUUGAAUUCUCCCCUGAAGAUUUCAAGCGUGCUGGUAUUUUGUCUGGCGGCUUCUUUGACAGAGGUAGCCAUAUCGUCCUUUCCAAGUCGAGCGAUGCCUCUCUCAAGAACGUGAGAGUCAAUGUUACUGUCUCUGCUGGACGCAAAGAUCUUGGUCAAGAAGUCAAGGUAUCUGCCUUUGAUCAUGAUGGCGAGUACUCUGUUCAAGUUGAGCAUGGCUAUUUCCAUCAUCCUCGUCACCAUCGCGCUCUCAAGGACGUUGAAAAGAGUGACCAUCACCGUGGUGAACAUGGCCCCAAGAAGGAAAAUUGUCUCAUUUACAAUAUCAAUGUCGAAUUCCCUGCUGACCUUGAUUACUUUGACCAACUCAAUGUUAAGGCCAAGGGUGGUUUCCUCAAGAACGGCAAAGGCAUCGAAGGCGUUGAAUUCGGUUCUAUCAGAGCUGCUAUCGGCCGUGGUGCCGUUAUCUUUGAUGGUUUGAGAGCAAAGAACUUGUUGCUUGGUGUCUUUAGAGGUGUUGUCAUGGGUACCUAUCAACCUAGCGAGACUUUCUCUGCUGGUACUGUCCAUGGUGCCUCCAAGGUCAAGAUUGAACCCACCAGCGACAAUAUCAACAUUACUGCCUCAUCCACUUUUGGCCCUGCCUCUGUUGAUAUUCCCGCUGACAGCUUCAAGGGUCGAUUUGCCUUGUUCAACAUUUUUGGUGAGCCUUCCACUAUCGAGGCUCCCAACCCAGAGGAUAUUCAUGUUCAAAAGUUCAAGCCCACCAUCAAGUCUGGCUACUACAAAGAAGACAAUGAAGAGUCCCGUGUCGUUGUUUCCGCCAAACUCAAGGGCGGUGAAAGACUUACCUUUUACUAA